AUGGACCAGGAUGGGUAUAUUGAUCUCCGACAGGUCCUGGAAUUGGAUGAGUUCGCACGAUGGACCGCCUUGGACGUAAAGGAAGUUGUCCAGGAAAGUUAUUCCAAAGACAAGCCACGGUUCCAGAUUACAAGCAGAGGGCAGCGACUCUUCAUCCGCGCCUUUCACAAGCGCCCCGGAGCUGAACCAGAAUGGCUGCGCAAAGACCGCCUUCGUGAGAGAACCCCGAGCCCGGGUCCGCCGGAGCUUCCGGCGGAUCCCUUCGAGGCGGGCAGCGAUGAUGGCAUCGGAGGCGUCCGACGAAACAAGAUGGCAGCUGCAACGCCGCCGAUGUGCUUCGACUUGAGCCAGGAGGACUCCGCAGACGAGGAUGCCGACGCGGAGGCGGAGCCGGAGACUUCUCUGCCGCAAGAUGCCGCCGUACUCUCCUCCUUGGGCGACGAGUGGUUCAGGAUGCCACUGGAGGGCUCCAUCUAUGCCUGGGUCUGCCGGCGACAAGAUGGCUCUGAAGAUGGGUUCGUCGAGAUGAACCCGGCCCCUUGGGUUCAUGUUGGCCCUGGUGAAGUCGAUGAGCGGCCAUGUUGGAUCAACGGAUCCACCCAGGAGUUCUUCUUUAUCGAGGAGGCUGAGGCGCCCUGA